GCCCCAACCGGCCCGUUCCAAACGCAGAGCUGCGGCGCCAAGCAGCCGGCCCCGGGAGCUCCGCCGGCGGGCCGGGCCGCGCUGCCCUUAGGGGCGGUGCGGCAAGCGCCAGGCCCCGCCUCGCGGCGGCCAUUUGUAGCACGGCGCCCGGGCUGCGGGGUGGGCGGUGCUCGCUGCUCGCUGGGCUCGGCGCUGCCGCUCCGCACGGCGGGGCUGUGGCUGCUCAGCACCGGCCGGGCGAGGAGAAGAAGAGAGGAGCGGGCAGCGGGAGGAAGAGCUCGCCAGACCCGGCGGCGCUGCCGCGAUCGGCCCCGCUCGACUCCCCCAUGGCCGCGGGCUGCAGGGACGGCCCGGGGCAGGAGAAGUACCGGCUGGUCGUGGUGGGCGGCGGCGGCGUGGGCAAGUCGGCGCUCACCAUCCAGUUCAUCCAGUCCUAUUUUGUUACGGAUUAUGAUCCAACAAUUGAAGACUCCUACACCAAGCAAUGUGUGAUAGAUGAGAGAGCUGCGCGCUUGGACAUUCUGGAUACAGCAGGACAAGAAGAAUUUGGAGCUAUGCGUGAACAGUACAUGAGGACAGGGGAAGGUUUCCUGCUUGUUUUCUCAGUCACUGACAGAGGAAGCUUUGAAGAAAUCUAUAAAUUUCAGCGACAGAUUCUUAGAGUGAAAGAUCGUGAUGAGUUUCCUAUGAUUCUAGUCGGUAAUAAAGCAGAUCUGGACCACCAAAGACAGGUGACGCAAGAGGAAGGUCAGCAGCUAGCACGGCAGCUCAAAGUAACAUACAUGGAAGCCUCAGCAAAAAUCAGACUGAAUGUAGACCAAGCUUUUCAUGAACUUGUCAGAGUUAUAAGGAAGUUUCAAGAACAAGAGUGCCCUCCUUCACCAGAGCCAACACGGAAAGAAAAAGACAAGAAAGGCUGCCAUUGUGUUAUUUUCUGAGAAUCCCAAGAACCAAGCUAUCAACUGCCAGAUUAUUUUUUAUUUUCCACCAUUUUACAUCACUUCUGGUACUGGUCUAGCCUUACAUGUGCAUGUCCUAAAAGUGGUCACCAGAAUAGCCUUAGUCCAAGGAGCUGGCAAAAUAGUUCUUGAAGAAGACUCUGUCAUCCUGGGGCAGACUUCAAAACAAAACACUAAGGCUGCUUCUUUAAUACCACAGUUCCUUCCUCCUCUCCCUUAAGAGCUUGCACCUUGUGGAGUUUUAUUCGCAAAGGAGAUGAAACAAAACCGUGUAGGACAAGGUGUUGAAGUCAUGCAUAAGUUGUCUCUUGUGAAUUAAUUUAUUUUUACUUCUGAAAUUUCUGUAGCUAUUACAAAGACCUAUAUUGAAGUAUAGAGAAUACUUUUUAAAAAAGGGGUGGAUUGGCUUUUUUUGCCCUCAGUUAAAUUAGACUUGAGUAUUCAGCUAGCCUUAAGAAACCUACACUGAAUUUCAUUGUCAGCAAAAAUUUUCAUCUCUCACUUAUGCUGCAGUUUUAUUUCAGUGGCCAAAACAGUCUACUGUAUUUAUUUUAUGAAUCCAGAACAGCUACAGGACAGCUACUACUACUACUACUAUUAGGAUAUGGCCAAAUACCUGAGCUCAUUCUGGAUUUGAGGCAUUUCAGCUUAGUAAGAAAUUUCACAUCAUUUGUUUGGAAACAAAUUGUGUCUUCCUUUGUAUUUUUGGGUAAGGGAUUAAGGAAAACUAAAAUUGUAGCUGUUUUUGUUUCAUGUGAUAUAAAAAUGAAUUUGAUCUUUCCAUUGUCAGAGAUGAUUAAAUGUUUUUGCUAUAUACUUUUAUACAUUAUUUUCUUAUCAAACUAGUUAACAAGUAUUUUUAUAUGUUUGUAAGCAAAUAUGCUUUCACAGCAUAACUUGUGUAUAUGUAAAGAUGAGUAUUUAAUUCUCACAGUUCACUUUUAACUGACAAAAUGUGGGAUUUGCCAAACUGUGGUAAACUUCUCCUUACUCUUCUGUUAUACCCAAGAAUGGCCAAAUUAUGUGCCUGCCCAACACACCCAUAGAGUAAAAUCUAAUGUUGUGUUUUAAUGAAUUUCAGUAUCCCCUACUAAAGACUAUUACAUGAAUUAUUAAAUUGUAAGACUUUUAACUGAUUGUUUAGUUAAACUGUGGAUGGUUGUUUAAUUUUGAGUUCUGUGGAUUGUGUUUAAACAAUUCAAGAGUAUGGUCCCUGAUAUUGAAAUACUGAGUGGUAUUGCACAGUUGUCACCUUACUGAAUGUGUCCAACAAUUCUUUGAAACUUGAUUAUUAAGCAAACCCUUGUAUAACUUCAGGUGCUAGAAUUAAAGAUGAUCUAACCAUUAUAA